AUGGACACUAUGGCAGUUGAGCUGCCUGACUUAUCCACCCACACUCCACGCCCGAUUGCAGAGGAGACGCCGGAGGAAAAGUACGAACGUCUUUUAAGACGCGCUCGGAGCGAGGACCUUAGCGAGAUAUCGGGCAUCGGUUGUCUAUACCAGAGCGGCGUGGACCGGCUCGGCAGACCAGUGGUCGUGUUCAUAGGCAAAUGGUUCCCCAUCGGCGACAUCGAUCUCGAAAAAGCGCUGCUGUACCUGAUCAAGCUCCUGGACCCGAUCGUACGUGGUGACUACGUGAUCGCGUACUUCCACACACUAGCCUCAUCCAACAACCACCCGCCCUUCUCCUGGCUCAGGGAAGUGUACAGUGUGCUGCCUUACAAAUACAAGAAGAACCUGAAAGCGUUUUACAUCGUACAUCCAACGUUUUGGACUAAAAUGAUGACGUGGUGGUUCACGACGUUCAUGGCGCCAGCCAUCAAGGCGAAGGUGCACAGCCUGCCGGGUGUCGAGUUCCUCUACUCCGUUAUGGCGCGCGACCAGCUCGAGGUGCCUGCCUUCGUCACCGAGUACGACAUGACGAUAAACGGACUGCAUUACUUCCAGUCGGACACGAGCAGCACGUAA